CCAUCAUGUUAUUGGCGACUGGAGGGAAAUUUUAUAUUCCGUUAAGCAGAUUUAUUAAAAUAACUCGUAAAAUAUUGAUUAUAGAAACAUUGUGACUUGGAUCUUUGUAAGUGCAUGCCAUAAUCAAUAUCUUAUUAUGUAUUAAUAUCGGAGUAAUCAUUCGCUGCGCGUGCUGUCAGAGGCAUCUUCCUGUUGCUAAUCAUGUCGCUAUAGAUUCAGCUCAUUGUACAAAUAUUGAGGCCGUUUAAAAAUACACCACCGUUUUACAGAGUUGUUAAAGCAAAACACCACGUUAUCUUUGCCAAAAUGAUGAAAAGCGUAGGAAAGCUCUUUGGGCUGCGGCGAAAAAGCGCGCCUCCCAAGUCACGCAUUGAUAGUAAGAAUACGCGUGUGAAUCCCAUUGAUCGCAUGUUGGAUGACAGCGACGAGGGUUCGUACGGCAGCACGACCAGCGCCAGUUCAGAAAGCGAAUACCGGACGUCCGAUGAUGAGCCCGGUAGCUCUGACAGCUCGUACAGAGCCCGGGCGAGCGACAGCGACGACAGCAGCGACACGGACGAGAAGUCCGCCGUGUCCCGAAGACAGAGGAAAAGAUCCGCCAGCGCGACGGCUUUAAAUGACGACUCGAGCGAUUCUUCCAGCGAUGUCGGCGGAGAGCCGCUCAGAAGAGUGCUGCAGAGAAAGCGCCUCAGACUGCCAGAAGAUUCAGAGGACGAGGCUCUGAAGAAGAAAAAGAGAGAGGCUGAGGUGAAACAAGCUGCGGCCAAGAGAAGAGAGAGGAAGAAUAAACUCAUGGAGUUGUCUAAGAGGAGAAAGUCGGGCACUGUGCGUCGCAGGCGCAGGACAAUGGGUUCAGAUGAAGAGUCGGAGAAAGAGGAAGUUAAAGGAGACAAACCGGAAGAGCCAAGUAAAGCAGAUAAAUCAGAGGAUGAAUCUAGUGUGGAAGAAAAGGGCAGUCCUCUGAACAGCAGCGAGGAGGAAAAACUGGCCGACAGUGACAGUCUGAAGGACUUUAUUGUGGAGGAAAAUGAACAGAAGAAGGAGGAAGAGCCGGAGGAAGAGGGGGAGGGAAAAGAUAAGGCCUUUCUCGCUCACCUUCCACGCCAAUUUAUCACGGGAUCUCAGCGCACCCAUUUUCAGGUGGUGGUCAAAGCCUUGCUGAUCAAUGUCCUGGACUCAACCUUCCUCAAGUCACUUUAUAGUGGCGAGCGAACAAAACGGUACGCCCAGGAGAUGAAGUCAUCGUUGCACCAUUUUGACGAGCGAUUGGUUCUCCCCCGCUUGGAGAACCUGAAGCAGAGGAGCCGCUGGAAAGAGCGCUACAAAGAACGGGUAGAGUGUUACCCCACACUGCGGGUUAUGGAGAUAAGGGUCCAUUCGAAGGGAUGUGAAGCUUGCGAGCUCCACAGAACCGGCCGCUUUAGCGUACGGCUUUCAGGGCAGUUGUAUCACAACAACAGCCUGCAGGAGGAUAACUUUAUGCCUGAUGACUCACAGUGUUUCUUUGUUGGCUCUGUCUGUGCGAGUCGAACUGAGGUCUACCAUGCCUUGAAGCACUUUAAGUACCAUCUCUUCCAGGGGUGUCGUAGAGCUUUAGAAGCUCAGAAGGAAGGAGAAGAAGGGGAUAAGGAUGGAGAGGAAGACGAACCAGUUAAAGACACAGUCAACAAGGUGUUUGCCAAAUUGCAAGAGGGAGGAUGGAUCAGUGAGCAAUAUGAGAAGUUUCAGGAACACCUCAAUUCUGCAGAUUUCUUCCAGGAAGAAAAGCUGGAUUGAUCUAUUUUCAUGGCAUCUCAUCAUUUUAUUUUUGCAAAUUCUUUUGCGGCACCCUAUAAAGCAUGACUACUUUUCAGGGGUUGUUUUCAAAAGCUUGUGUGGUUUAAGAUUUUAUACUUUUGACUACUGUGUAUGUUGAUUUUGCAUGAUUGACAUGAAAAUUAGUAGUCUAAAUUACUCAUUAUGAUAAAAGCAUUAUGUUAUACAUUAUUCUGCAUACAUUGUAACCUAAAAUGUAAAUUUAUCCAAACAUUGGAUUUCUUAAGUCUUAAAAUACACAUAUAAUGCUCGAACAAUGGCUUUUGAAUCUUUGUGCUGUUUUUUUAACGCUUUGUAUAUACUACAUCCUGUGCUGAUAAUACUUGUAUUAAAAUGCAAGCGUUUGUACGUAACUACAUUGGUCUAAUGUACUCGGAAUAAA